CUCCCUCUCUCUCUUUCUGGUGGCUGGUUCUGGAGAAGACAAGUAGGUAGGAUCCCUGGGCGAGGAAAAUCGGGUGGCAUCCUGCGGCACGGGGGCCCGCCGGGGCCGGGGGCGCGGGGCUGGGAUCUUUCCGUGGAAGACAAACCAAGUGCCGGGCGAGAGGAGCUCGGCGGGCCGACCCAGACUCUGGUUCACGCCCUGUCUCGGGAGGCGGCGGUCUUGCUUCAGGGAAAAGCCGGUAAAGCAGGGAAAUGGCACCUCGCAAGGGGAAAGAAAAGAAGGAAGAACAGGUCAUCAGCCUUGGCCCUCAGGUGGCCGAAGGAGAAAAUGUAUUUGGUGUGUGCCACAUUUUUGCAUCCUUCAAUGACACUUUCGUCCAUGUCACCGAUCUUUCUGGCAAGGAAACCAUCUGCCGUGUAACUGGUGGGAUGAAGGUGAAGGCUGACCGAGAUGAGUCAUCUCCAUAUGCUGCCAUGUUGGCUGCCCAGGAUGUAGCCCAGAGGUGCAAGGAGCUGGGCAUCACUGCCCUCCACAUCAAACUCCGGGCCACAGGAGGAAAUAGGACCAAGACUCCUGGACCAGGGGCCCAGUCAGCCCUCAGAGCCCUCGCCCGCUCAGGAAUGAAGAUUGGGCGGAUUGAGGAUGUCACCCCCAUCCCCUCCGACAGCACCCGCAGGAAGGGGGGUCGCCGUGGUCGCCGUCUGUGAACAGGACUCCUCAAAUUAUUGUUUUCUGUUAAUAAAUUGCCUUGAUGUAAGCUC